AUUCUAAUAUGAACCAACAUGGGAUGGCAACUUGGGAUAUAGACAUGACUUUUAAUCCAUUUUUAAUUACUUAAAUUUUUAAAUUAGAAUAGAAUCUCAUAGAAAAAAGAAUUGCACACCAAAUGAACGUCAAAUAAAAUGUGUAGAAUACGCGCUAGCUAACUGGGAAGUGCCCAAAAUUUCGAUCGCAAGAUUUGAUUGGAAAACCAAACAGACGCGAAAGCAAGUUAAAGAAAACGUGGGAACAUUCGGAUUAACAGCCUACAUUUAACUACAUAUCUGUCUAAUCACUAUCACUUUAUCAUAGCUGUGCAAACAUUGAAUUUGAAGUGUGAACUGGAUUUAUUAUUGAUUAUUAAACAUGAACAUUUUGCCUCACAAAAGUUGGCAUGUGCGGACUAAGAAGAAUAUAGAGAGAGUUAGAAAAGAUGAAGAAAAUGCAGCAUCAGAAGAAAAGGAGAAACAAAGGCGAAUUGCACUUGCUGAACAAGAAGCUCGAACAGCUUUACUCAGAGCUAAAAAUCAAAGCAAAUCCAAAGAUCUGAACUGCAAGAGCUUAGAUAUUCAUAAUUCAACCACAAGUUCUGAGGUUGCCAGUAAAAGUAGUUCUAGAGGUGAAAGUGGGAGUAUACCUAAAGAGCACAUCAAUUUUUUUAAGGAAAUUGAAGAUGGGCUCAUAAAACAAGGCAGCAACAAAGAUAAUGAAGCUGAAAAGAAACACGAAAAAGAUCAGUUUGAGAAAAAAAUUGGGCUUCUUACAUAUUUAGGCCAAAGUGCACAAGAAAGUAAAGGAUCACCUUGGGAUCUCCAUCAUUCAGUUAAAAAGAGAAGAAAUGAAUGUAGUUCAGUCAAAGAAGAAUCAGAGGCAGAAUCACAGAAAGAUUGUCAAAAGCUCAUAAAUUAUAUGGAUCCAUUAGUUCAGAUGAACCAAUACAUUAAGAAAAAAAACCACAGUAAAGAAAAAACCACUAAAAAAGAAGCCCAAAGAAAACACAGUGAUAGCAAGAAAGAAACUUCAAAGACUGCUUCAAAAAAAACUAUUGAGCAAAUGAGACAAGAAAGAUUAUUACGUGAAACACAUGAAAAAUUAAGAGCUCAGGCUAUUUUAUCACCAAAAAUCGAGAAACAGGAUGCAAAAUGUAGUGAAAAUAACAGCGAAGUUAAAAGAUCUAAUAAGAGAAAAUAUAAUUCACAGUAUAACCCAGACCUAUUUUAAACUAUAUUUUAUUUUUGUCUCAAUUUGUAUGGCUGUUAUUAAACUUCAAGGUUUAAAUAAAAA